UGGAAAAUACUUUGGUUUGCAGUCUCUGGUUUGUUUUGAAAGUAAAUUUGAUCGAAACAUUUUGUAUGGGACGUGGUUUGUGUGCGCUAAAACAUGAACCAGAGACAGUACACAUCCUCUGUCCAGGAAGUUUUGCAAAAACUAGAAAAUAUAUUCAAGAAUCAAAGCGGUUCUUCUUUCAGCAAAGACAGCACCAUUGCAAGAGUGGAUAAUGUCAUUUUUAAAUGCAGUGUUGACUGGAUUUCACAACAAAAGGUCUUAACACCAGUAGAAGAACUUGAGCUUAUAGAUGAGCUGUGUAUGUACCUUCAACAACAAAAGCACGAAUAUGUUCGCUACAGGGUGUUUGAAGCUUUGUUUUCGAUGGCUAGAGAAAGUGCACAAAUGUAUAGACGUGAGGUGCUGUGCAAACUAGUCUCACUUGGAAUUGCAGCAAAAGCCAGUGCUGUGUUAGAAUGUGCAGCUUUGUGGAUGAAGAGCUGUGAUAAAUCUCAUGCCAUUCAUUUGGUGAUGAGUUUGAUUGAAGACUACUGUACACUGCAGAAGAACGGGACCAUUGAGUUGAAAUCUUGCUUGGAAGUUAGCCCUCGGUUUUGCUGCGUCUUUACCAUAGCUCUGACCUCCAACUACACCAUGAUGGCAAGAGAUAGGGCACAGGCAAAGUUGCAAAGAUUUCCUGAACUCCAAGUAUUAGAUGUUGUUCAACAUUGGUUAUUAACGGAACCUACUUUAUGUUUCAGUACUGCAACCCAGAUGGACAAAUUAUGGAGAACUGUGAUAAAAGCAACGCAAACUUUACCUGACAGUCUUGCACUUACACCACUCGAUGGUUUAAUCCAGUGGAGCGUGAAACUUCCUUUUUCCGACCAAGGUAGUCAAAACAAAAUGGAAGUUUUAACUGAAGAUGAUGUUUCGUAUUAUACUCUACAUUCCAAAUUACACUAUGCACUACUGAAAGCACUUUUAGCUUCCAAACCAGCACUGAAGGCCAUUGCAAAAGGAUCAGUGUUGGGGAAUCCCGACCUCCAGUUGUGGGGAAAACCCCAGGUUCAUUCCCUGAUUGGUGACCUCAUGACCUUGUGUCCAGAUUCCGAUAAACCAAAGGCAGGAAGUCCAACCGAGCUGUCAAUCAACCGAUUCUCACAAAUUUGUCAAGUAGGCAUGACCAUGAGAGUUCUUAACUGCACUAAAGAUCAAUUUCAAAGCCUUUCAGAUCCUCUGCCUAAGACAAGGCUUCUUGAACUGGUUGCGUACGGUUCAGCUCGCAGAUCAUCUGUGGAUGAAGUUCCAAUGGACAUCGCACAAAGUUAUUAAUGUCAAUGUACUCCAUAUGCAUAUCUUCAUGUUCAAGGGUACUAGGGUAAUGAGCCAAAUAUGGUGUAUUCCAAGGUCGUUAACAAGGACUUCACCCAUGACAAGGAAUUUAGCCAUAUGGAAUUAAAGGAUUAUACCAACUUGCGCAGAUCUAAUUGCUACACUACUAUGUGGUUGAUUGAAAAUGUAGUUCCAUAUGGAUUGGCAUAAAUACUUAUACUUAGUCCAAUAAGUGUAAUGUGUGUGCUGUUCCCUGGUCCGCAGUUUCGAAAUGGUGAAAUAAACAUAUUAUUCUUUA